UUGAAAGUUUCGACCUCUGGAGAAAGUCUUCGCCCGCUUCCCCGCUCUUCCCCAGUUUCAUGACGGUGGUCUUCAGAUGGGGGAGGAACUCCUUCCCUUGCUCUCGUCCCGUGGUUCGCCGUCUUCUUCUUCUCCGCUUCAUCUCCACUUCCGCCCUUCCCGUAUAUCAAAAUUCGGGAAGAGAUCUCCCCGUCAACAACUCCAGGAUCCGAGAACUAGCGCGCCUCGGCGAUGUCAACGAGGCCCGCCAGUUGUUCGACGACAUGCCGCACAGAGACACCAUCACCUGGAACUCCAUGAUCCUUGGCUACUCCCAGAAUGGGAUGAUGGAGGAGGCUCGUUCUCUCUUCGAUGCCUUCGCUGGGAGGAAUACCAGAACGUGGACCAUUUUAAUCUCCGGGUGCGCCAAGAACGGGCGCGUCGACGAGGCUCGUCUCCUGUUCGACUCAAUGCCGGAGCGCAAUGAGGUUUCUUGGAAUGCCAUGAUCAGUGGGUAUGUGCAGAAUGGGGACAUCGAGAAUGCUAGGAUUUUGUUCGAUGAAAUGCCCGAAAGGAACAUCGUGUCGUGGAAUUCUAUGAUCACCGGGUAUUGCCACACUCAUCGGAUGUGGGAAGCUCGAAGCCUUUUCGAAAGUAUGCCGGAGAGGAAUCUGGUUUCUUGGACUGUGAUGAUUUCUGGGUACGCUCAGAUUGAUGACCACAGCGAGGCUUGGAAGGUUUUCGUUAGAAUGCACCGCGAGGGAGUGAGCCCGGACCGGGCCAAUUUUGCGGCCGCUGUCUCUGCGGUCGUUGGUCUCAGUGACCUUAAGCUGCUUGAGAACCUGCGGACGCUUGCAAUCAAGGCCGAUUUUGAGGGUGAUGUGGUUGUGGGCACCGCGAUUCUAAAUGCAUACACGAGAGACAGUGCGGGGUUGGGCAUGGCAGUGAGGUUCUUCGAGGGAAUGCAAGAGAGGAAUGAAUAUUCUUGGUCCACUAUGAUUUCUGCCUUCUCGCAUGUUGGGCGGUUGGAUGAUGCUCUCUCUGUUUAUGAGAGGGACCCCGAGAAGUCGAUUGCCUCUCGGACUGCAUUGUUGACAGGUUUUGCUCAAAAUGGCAGGAUUCACGAGGCAAGAUUCCUGUUUGAACAGAUUCCGAACCCGAAUGUGGUGUCCUGGAAUGCCAUGAUUGCUGGGUAUGCACAGAACGGAAUGCUUCAUAAGGCAGAGGAGUUAUUUAAUAGAAUGCCCGUAAGGAAUGCAAUCUCAUGGGCUGCGAUGAUAGCCGGUUAUGCACAGAAUGGACAGAGUGAGGAAGCUCUGGAGCUUCUGUCAGAGCUUCAUGGGCUUGGGAUGCUGCCCAGCCUUUCAAGUUUCACCAGUGGUUUCUUUGCCUGUGCUAACAUUGGAUCUCUCGAGAUGGGCAGACAGUUACAUGCCCUUGCAAUUAAGGCAGGUUCUCAGUUCAGUUCAUUUGUCAGCAAUGGUCUGAUUACUAUGUAUGCAAAGUGCAGGGAGAUGGAAGAUGUAAGUCAGGUUUUUAGCUGGAUGAGAGUGAGAGAUACUGUAUCCUGGAACUCUUUGAUUGUGGCACUAUCUCAGAACUCUAUGUUGGAGGAUGCACGAACUGCUUUUGAUAAGAUGCCCAAUCGAGACGUAGUGUCCUGGACUGCCAUGAUUUCAGCAUAUGUACAAGCUGAGCAUGGGAAUGAGGCUUUGGAACUAUUCCUCAGAAUGUUACGUGAAGGAAUUUUGCCCAACUCGUCAACAAUAACUAGCCUGCUUAGUACUUGUGGGAGCUUGGGUGCCACGAAGCCAGGUCGGCAGAUCCAUGGCCUUGCUAUUAAAUUGGGUUAUGAUUUGGAACUCUUUGUGGGAAAUUCUUUGAUAACAAUGUACUUUAAGUGUGGCUGUGCUGAUUCUUUCUGGGUGUUUUAUGAGAUGGUGGAGCAUGACAUAGUUACAUGGAACUCAGUGCUUGCAGGCUGCGGUCAGCAUGGUUUUGGGAGAGAAGCCAUUGAGAUUUUUGAGCUGAUGAAAUCUGAAGGUGUUUUGCCAAACCAGAUCACAUUCAUGGGGCUCUUAUGUGCCUGUAGCCAUGCUGGAUUAGUCGAUGAAGGAUGGGACUAUUUUAAGUCAAUGAACAGGGAUUAUGGGCUCAUGCCACUGGAGGUGCACUAUGCCUGUAUGGUGGACCUUCUUGGCCGGGCUGGUCACUUGUAUGAAGCUGAAGCAUUCAUAGAGAACAUGCCCAUUGAGCCAGAUUCUGUAGUCUGGGGAGCACUGCUUGGUGCUUGCAGAAUCCAUCAGAAUGUUGAACUUGGCAGAAGGGUUGCUGAAAGGCUGUUUGAUAUGGAGCCACAGAAUUCUGGAAAUUAUGUUUUACUAUCAAACAUAUAUGCAUCUCUUGGGAUGUGGGAUGAAGUUGAAGAGGUGAGGAAGCUAAUGAGGAUGCGAGGUGUGACAAAAGUGCCAGGGUGCAGCUGGAUGCAAAUAAGAAACAAGAUGCACUAUUUUGUCAAUGGAGGUAAGCAGCAUGAGCAGAUUGAGGAGAUACAUGCUACUCUGAAGGAGUUGUAUAGGAAACUGAAAGAUACAGGUUAUGUCCCUGACACUAAAUUUGUUCUUCAUGAUGUGGAGGAGGAGCAGAAGGAGAAUGCUCUUCUCUACCACAGUGAGAAACUAGCUGUUGCUUAUGGUCUCCUGACAACACCCAAUGGCACACCAAUGCAAAUUAUGAAGAACCUCCGAAUUUGUGGUGACUGCCAUACUUUUAUCAAGUUUGUAUCCAAGGUUGCUGAAAGAGAAAUUGACAUAAGGGAUGGAAACAGGUUCCACCAUUUUAAAAAUGGUUUCUGUUCUUGUGGAGAUUAUUGGUGACUCUGCAUUUUAUCUUGUGAGGGGAUUAUGGAAAGAAUUACUGUUAAACUGCUAGAUGGUCAGGAGCAAAGAAUUCUUAAUGGAUAAAGAACCUGGAUCCAACUAUUCUAGAAUAGGUGUUGCUCAUGAGGAAAUUACUGUUGGUGCUUUUGUGGCAAUGAUGAUUGGAUGAGGCUUGCAGAAUUCUAGUUUUGGUGGAAGCAUUAAACCAUUCACUGACUUUGAUGGGCAUAUCUGAAGCUUCACAAUCUAAUAUUUUAAACAGCUCAAAGAUGAGUGGCUCUUGAAAGAAUUUGCAAUCUUGCAUCUGAGGGUCAGGAUGGAUGUGAAGAGAACCUGAGAAUGCAUCUUUCUUUGACCAGAGUGGCUUUGCUGUUCGAUAUAUACUAGCAGUUUUGCAUCAGAAGGCCUUGAUUGAUGGAAGGAGAAGCUUCUGAAUCCGACGAAAGGCCAAAUGAAUUACAGCAAAAGAUAUGAACCGUUAUUUUUAUGGUUUAUCAUGUUCAGUGACAAAUUAGAUGUGGUAGAGUGAAAACGAUAACGGCACGUCCGAAGUUACUAGGAUAACAGAAUCAACCAGAAAUAAGUGACAGCAAGAAUCUGUAUAUAUAUUUUUUUUGUUUAUUUAGGAAUUUUUUGGAUUUCUUCAACAAUCAACUUUACUCUUGAGAUUGCCAAACGACCUCACUUCAGGUGCAAAAAAGAAAAAGAAUCAGAAGGAAAAGGAGGAAGAAGCGGUUAUAAUAUGGAGCACAGUGUUCUGAUACCAUGUGAAAAAAGCAUGUACGUAAGGAAGGGAGAGCUUGCAGCAUGGUUUUUAUCAGUUUAUGCCAUAUGUAAAUUACUAGUAUAUUUAACCUUUCCAUAGAUAUAAGGUCCUGGAAUGACUAGUCUUAUCUUGCUUGAGUUGACAUUUGUAAAUAAGGCACCAAUGAAGGAGAACAUAUUCACUUUUGGUGGUCUGUUAUGAUCUUAAAUCUGAAACUUCGACCAAUAUAAAAUGUCUUCAUUCUUUAGCUGACAA